AUGAGUCGUAUCUAUUCCUAUACGUUACAAUCAUUGUCUGAUACAAAAGAUACGCUUAUUCUUGUCUGCAUUGGACUAUUAGAGGCACUUGAUCGCUUGCAAGAGCGUUUGCAUUUGCCUACAUCGAUUGUAAAGGAUCUGAAACGCCGACUGGCUAAAAUGGUGAACAGAUCGUCGGUAAGACUUCACGUUAAGCGUCCGAGUGCUCGAGAGCUGGGUAAUGUCGUGGCUGGUAGCAGCGUGUGGGACGCUAAUGAGCCUGAAAAAGUACGAGGAAUUGUGCACUGGGUACUAGCGAUUACCUCGUCACUGCAAAGACUGGCAAUUAGCGCGUCACUUGGUGUGUGUGAUGGCAUCUACGGGCUGAUGAUGAGUCUACCGGGAGUUUCGACAGCAUGCUCGCUGUUUUAUGGACUUUUGCAAGCAGUGGAGGACACACUGAGACUGUCGAGCGAAGAGAUCAUUGAAGCUGCUUCGGUGGGAGGAUCAGGAGGAGGCAUUGGACGAACUCGAAGUUCCCAUCACUUGCAUCACCGACCCCAUCGCAGUGCUGAGAAUUAUGUAGUUGACCCAAGUCUAACGGCGGUCGUGCUGGAGUACAAGGAAAAAGAAAGCAUGGUGCCGUUGAGUAUUGAUCGAAGAAUACGGCGUGUCAUGCACUUUCAGAUUCCGCUUCAUUCGUUUGAGGCGACUGUACGGUUACCUCCAGAUAACGUGCACGCCGCCACAUCAUGGAGCCGAUCGACUAGUGAUGACAGCGUUGGCGGUGAUAGUCACAAUCGAGCCCAGGAGGAGACCACUUCAAGCUAUGCUCACCUGAGUUCCUCGACGCCGCGGUCGAUUCCAGUAUCACCCUUGGCCCGAAAGCGCGUGCAGUUGGCAUUUUCCAAUUUUUCAGAUGAUGUGUUAUACCAGGUACGCGAUCGACUACGACACGAGCGUGUGGUAACGCUGACGGGCGACCAAGAUCUGCGUGUGCCACGAUUUAACGCGCACGAUUGCCACGAAGAUAUUUAUUUAUCCUGCGGCCGCCACUGUGCAUCAAAAGUAGGCACAGGUAUGUACCGAAGCGUACGUGCUUCUGUGCCAUUACAAAAGAAUCGGUUUGUGUACUUUGAAAUGACACUGCAGCAAAGUCGUGCGCCGCUGCGUGCAGUCAACUAUAAUGCGUCCAGUUCUUCACAAUUAGCGCGCGGUGGGACAUCUUUUUCACAAGGCACUGGUGCAGGCACCUACAUUGGCAGCACUAGUGACCGAGUUGGUAUCGAUGCAAGCGUUUGCAUCGGGUUGUCUACGCGGUUGAUGCCACUGAAUACUCUCGUAGGAGCGUCAAAAAACUCGAUAGGAUUCUAUUCUGCCGGCCACGUGCUUGUGGGCUCAGAAAGGCAGCGUUCAAUCGGAGUUGGCCGGAAAUAUGGUUUCCAGUCUACUGUUGGAGUUUUAGCCCGAGUAGCAGAUCAUUUGGAGGGUUUCGUGGAAGUGUCGUCGGGGAAUGUGCCUUGUGCAGCGUCCGGUUUGUUCUCACCAAGCUUGAGUGAUGCCGAGUCAUCCGUCGGCAUGGCUUUUGUGCGCUUCACUGUUGACGGGAUCGCCGUUCGCGAUAGCAAUAAUCGCGUGAUGGAGUUUACGUUACCAUUUCCAUCUAGAAGCGAGCUUUACCCAACUUUGACACUGCAUUCUCAAGAUGUACACGUAUUUAGCCAGAUGUCAGCCCCCGACAUCAGUGCGUUAGACUUACAGGAGCUGGAUUUGCCAUUAGAAGGGCCUAUCGAGAUAUGGUGUCUCGAUGGUUUGCGUGUAGGCGUUACAGUUUAG